CUCUAAUUCUAUCGCAGGCGGUGGUGGCAAGCAUUGCAUUAAUUCAUGAGUGUUUUCUGCUAAAGGAAGUGGCAUUGUUCGGGGAAGUUUAUGUUUGUUUGUAUGCGGUGCCUUGUGAAAGACGAAGUGGUAGUGUUAGUGUAUCUCGGCUCUUGGUGUUCUUGAUAACAUAAACAACUGAAGAGGGCUAAAAUGAUGAAGAAUCAACCGUCACAGUGGUGGUGGCUUGAGAGCCACAGUAACACUAAACUAUCCCCUUGGCUUCAAUCCACUCUCACGGAGCUAAAUGAGAAGACAAAGGCAAUGUUAAAACUAAUUGAAGAAGAUGCAGAUUCCUUUGCCCAACGUGCUGAGAUGUAUUACAAGAAGAGACCACAGCUUGUGAGCCUGGUUGAAGAUUUCUAUAGGACACAUCGAUCAUUAGCUGAGCGGUAUGAUCAAGUCGCUGGAAUUCGUCAGCAGAAGACUGGAGGAUCCCCCUUUUCUCCGCUCAAGCAUCAUCAACCAGAGAAGUUGAUGAGUUUUGCGAAUGACAGUUAUGAUAGCUAUUCUGAGAGUUGUGAUGUGGAGGAGUCUGGGGAAUCUGAAAUUGAUGAUCCUGAGCAAGAAGAGGAAGAGGAUUCCAAAAUCGAUAACUGUGUAGAACUGGACGGAGUUCAGUUUGUGGCUGCAAAUGAUGUGAUGGAAAUUGAGAGACUUGGUGAAGAGAACAAGGAUCAUAAGGAUCUGAACAAGCAGAAAUAUAACAUUUACGAAGCAGUGAUGUUAUGGGAAGAAAUAGAGCAACUCAGAAAAGAGAGCAGGGUUCAAAAGGAUGAACUCAACCGGAAAAGCAUCGUUUUUGGUGAAUUAAUGAUUCUGAAGGAAGAAAUAGAGCAACUAAGCAGAGAAAACAGAGCGCAGAAGGAUGAACUCAACCAGAAAGCUAUCAUUUGUGGUGAAGCUAUGAUGUUGAGGGAAGAAAUAGAACAACUCAGUAAAGAGAAUAGAGUUCUGAAGGAUGAACUAAGCCAGAAAAGUAUCAUUUGUGAUGAAGUAAUGAUGUUGAGGGAAGAAAUAGAGCAAAUCAGAAAAGAGAAUAGAGCGCAGAAGGAAGAACUCAACCAGAAAGAUGUCAUUUGUGGUGAAGCAAUCAUGUCGAGGGAAGAAAUAGAAAAACUCAGUAAAGAGAAUAGAGUCCUGAAGGAUGAACUGAACCAGAAAAGUAUCCUUUGUGGUGAAGUAAUGAUGUUGAGGGAAGAAAUAGCGCAACUCAGAAAAGAGAAUAGAGCGCAGAAGGAUGAACUCAACCAGAAAGAUAACAGUUGCAGUGAAAUAAUGAUGUUGAGGGAAGAAAUAGAACAAUUGGGAAAAGAGAAUGGAGGGCUGAAGGAUGAACUAAAGAAGAAAGAUAACAUUUGCGGUGAAAUAAUGAUGUUGAGGGAAGAAAUAGAACAAUUGGGGAAAGAGAAUGGAGCGCUGAGGGAUGAACUCAAGAAAGAUAACAUUUGCGAUGAAAUUAUGAUGUUGAGGGAAGAAAUAGAACAAAUGGGAAAAGAGAACGGAGCGCUGAAGAAUGAACUCAACAAGAAAGAUAACAUUUGCGGUGAAAUAAUGAUGUUGAGGGAAGAAAUAGAACAAUUGGGAAAAGAGAAUGGAGCGCUGAAGGUUGAACUCAACAAGAAAUAUAUCAUUUGUGGAGAAAUAAUGAUGUUGAGGGAAGAAAUAGAACAACUCAGGAAAGAGAAUAGAGGGCAGAAGAAUGAACUCGACCAGAAAGGUAUCAAGUGUGAAGUAACGAUGUUUAGGGGAGAAAUUGAAGAAUACACAAAAGAGAAUAGAGUGAAGAAUGAUGAACUCAGUCCAGAAGACAGCGUUUGUGGUGAAGAAGUGAUGUUAAGAAAAGAAAUCGAACGACUUGGAAAAGAUGAAAGAGCACAAAGUGGUACCCUUUGUGGUGAAGUAAAGAAGUUAAGGCAAGAGAAUAGCGCGCAGAAGGACCGUCUUAAGCAAAAAGACCAAGAGAAAAUAGAGGUGAUAAGAAACCUGAGUUUAGCUAUAGAUAUGCUGAAGCAGGAGAACGUAAAGAUGAGAAGCUUCAUUGCUAAGGAAUCUGCCAACAAAUGGAAGAAUCCAUUUGGGUUUAAGAAUUUCAUGGGAUCAUUAUCAGAGCAGUUGUUUAAUGGAAUUACGAAGAAUCAACCUAGUCUUGUAGCUCUCUAGAUAAGGUUCACAGAGUAAAUAGCUAAGUUUUGUAGAACAUAAUAUUAAAAGAGGCUUGUGUACAUGUUAUGGGGACCUGCUCAAGUAACCUGCAGAUCUUGUAUACAGUUUAGUAUAUUCCUAACUAAUCCAAGACCGAGUAUCUAGAGGAUUUCCUCUACACUUGUUUUUAUA